AUGUCAGUCGUUGCAUUGCACGCGCCUGCUGUUCAUUCGGGAGAAGUUCUGAGUCCUGAGGCAGUGAACGAGAUGGAUCUUUUUCUGCGCAAGAUGGUCCUGGUUCUGGAGGAGGGGGGGCGAGGUGGCUAUGCCCUCAUCCUCAAGAAGGCGACGACGGGCAGUGCUUCCAUGGCGAUGGUCAGCCUCAGUGGGGCGGUGGCCUUUCAAGCAGCGGAUGCCUGA